AUAGGUUGGAGCUAUAGCCCAUUAUAUGAUUUGUAGGCUAACAAUAAAAUCUUAAACAGGGAGCCAGUGAAGGGAAAAUGUGCUCUCGCCUCUCGGGAAGGAGUACUUUGUUCACUGCCGUUGGACGUGAAAAUGUGACACACUCUGAGGUCAGGUGCUCUGAAGCAGGUCACAUCUAAAUAUAACCCAGACAGCUUAGCACCCGGCAAAACAAAAACACACAGGCUGCAAGAUUCAGAUCAACAGAAAUGGACGACUUUGAGCAGGAAGGCAUAAAUGAGGAACUUAUUGAGUUUGCCAUUCGAGAAAGCAUUCAAGAUGCCUACAAGUUGCCAUGUUCAGUACAAACAAACAGGAAGGAAGCAAACAGUGAAAGCUUUAUGAAGAUAAUGGCAGCCAUUCACAAAGGUAAUGUGUAUGCGCUGCAGGAGCUGUCAGGUUGCGUGUCUGCCUUCAGAGAGAGAGACAGCAGGGGCCGGCUGCCUCUGCACGCAGCAGCUGUGCAGCCACAGCCAGACAUCCUGCAUGCAGUGCUGCAGGUGUUGGCGUCCACAGACCUGACCCUGGAGGAGCAGACAGAGGAUGGGGACACAUCUCUUACUCUGGCAGCAGAGGCCGGCCUGCUGGAUAACGUCAGGAUGCUGCUGCAACACGGAGCUUCACCACACAACACCAACAGCAGGAACGAGUCUCCUCUGCUGAUCGCAGUGAGACAGAGAUCAUACGACUUGGUUUUAUCCCUCAUCAUGGGUGGGGCCUUUGUGGAGCAGGUGUGCCUCACUAAGUGGACGGCCACCCAUGAAGCUGCAAAGGUGGGUUGUCCAGCUAUUCUGAUGCUGCUGCUUCGACAUGGAGCCAAAGUAACUGCCAGAGAUGGUCAUGGGGUGACUCCUCUGGGGAUCGCAGCUGAAUACGGCAACACUGAAGUUUUGGAUAUACUCAUACGGCAUGGUGGUGACGUGAACGCCCAGGCUACCAAUGGAGACACAGUCCUGUACGAUGCAACUGGAUGUGGAAACCUGGACAGUAUUGAGCUGCUCCUGCAGCACGGAGCCAACCCGAAUGUAGCCAGCUAUGCCUGCCAGCUGCCCAUCCACAGAGCUGCAUAUGAGGGACACAUACUAGCCCUGAGGACUCUCAUCCCCAUCACCACAAAGAGAGCUAUCCAUCUCUCAGGCCAGGACCCCAUCCACUCAGCAGCUGACGGGGGACAGGUUGAGUGUCUGGAGCUGCUUAUCAACAAAGGAUAUGAUGUCAAUGCCUUGCUAGACACACACAUCUCUGACAACUACAGGGACCUCAGGAAGACUCCUCUGUACUUUGCUGUUUCCAACGGUGAUGUGACCUGCGCCGAGAUGUUGCUGGCAGCUGGAGCGAGAACUGACCUGGACCCACUACAGUGCAUCCUGGUCGCUAUACGCACUGAGAGGUAUGAGCUGGUGCAGCUGCUCCUGUCCUAUGGAGCGGAGGUGAAUUGUUACUUCAGAGUGAUCAGCAACACACUGUUCCCCACAGCCCUGCAGUACAGCCUGAGGGAUCGCGUCAUGCUGCGCCUGCUGCUCAACAGUGGAUAUCAAGCUUACAAGUGUUUCCAGUGUUGCCAUGGUAACAGUGAAGAAAUGGAUAGUACCUGGACUGACCUCCAUAACCAAGCCUACCGGAUGUACAGUCAACCUAACGUCAUCUCAUUCUGUGAGUUUGUAUCGGUAUCGUGGCUGACACAUCUGGUUGGCAGUGUUGUAAGGAUGCUCCUGGACUACGUCAGCCAUGUCAGCAUCUGUCCCAACCUCAAACGCAUUCUGGAGAGGAGACCCGAGUGGGAGGAGAUUUCUGACAUACUGAGCAAGCCACGGUCUCUGCAGCACUUGUGUCGAAUGGUAAUCAGAGGUCACAUGAGUAUCAGGACGCUGAAUGACCCUGAAGCCAUGGCUGCUGUCCCUUUUCCUCCGAGACUGAAGGAAUACCUGACCUACAGAGAGUACAACCUGUAUGGUGACCUCUCCUCAAUGUGAAACACAGUUGAUUUAUAUCUGUGUGAUUAAAACACUAAUGAAAAGGCACUAGUCACUUUAAAGAUUAGCCAGUGGGAAUAUAUGAUCUCUCUGCAGUGUAAACUUGUAAAACAAUACCAUUAAUACAACUGAAAAAGGCAUGUAUAGCUUAUGAAAUAGAUGUCUCAUGAAUCUUAAAUGCCCUGUACACCCACACAGGUGUUGUCACUUCUCGCUAAUUAGACCUCUGGCUUAAGGAGAAGUUGGGCAGGGAAUUGUAUGAGGUCACCAAACGACAUCAGCACAGUACUGACAAGAGGUCUAAUCAGGCAGGUUAAGUGAAAACACCUGUGUGGGUGGACAACAUUUUUCUCACUUUGUGCUGUACAUGUGUAUGGUCAAUAUGGGGUUUGAAAAUGAAAAAAAUAAUGGUAUUGUUACUUAAAUAUAACAUGGAUUUGUUAGAAUAUUUUGUUAUUUUGUAAUAAACAAUGAUAUUUUAGUGUUUUUGUUCUAUUUGUGUGUUAAUAAAACCAUUCUGUGCUGGGCCUGGCUGAGUGUAACCACAACUUGUCACUCAACAGCAGAUUAGGACAAACAGAGCUAUGAGCUGUUUAAAAGCCCUUAAUGACAUCAGCAUAAUUCCUGUUCUUUCAUUAUGUAUCUUUCUCUGCGCCAGACUGAAAGAUUUGGAGUGAUGACGUUAAUGAUGAGCUAUUCAUGUGUUUGUAUGUGGGAGCAUGUAUGUAUGUGCGUGAGUUUGAGAGAAUUAAAAAAAGAGAAAAAUAAAAACAGCAACAAAUGAUCAACUUACUAGUGAGGUCAAGCUACUUUACAACACAAAUCCUGUGAUGCAACAGCUAUUUG